CACCAAUUUCCGUAUAUUGUAAAAGCAUUUUAGAUCAUUUCGGGCACUGUAACUUCUUUUUUUGCAUAAAAUCUAUCGUUAAGUACAUAUUGAAAUGAGCUCAGUAAUUCGAAAAGUUAUUUACUCUGCAAAAGCACCCAAGGCUAUUGGACCUUACAGCCAAGCUAUCCAAGUGAACCAUGUUCUACAUAUAUCUGGACAGCUUGGAAUAAAUGCUGAGACUAAUGACUUUGUCAGUGAUUCAGUUGAAGAUCAAGCAAAACAGGCUUUGACUAAUAUUGGUUACAUACUUGAUGCUGCUGGCUCAUCAUUUGAUAAGGUGAUUGAGACAACUGUCCUUCUUGCUGAUAUUAAUGAUUUUGCAAAAGUAAAUGAAAUUUAUGCCAGUUUUUUUAAAGUCCCUUAUCCUGCACGUGCUGCAUAUCAAUGUGCAAACCUGCCAAAGUUUGGUAAAAUCGAAAUAAAAUCGGUUGCAAUCGUUGGUGAUAUACAUGAUGAGUGAUUGUUUUAUGGUGUACACGAUGAAUGAUUUUGAAAGAUGAUUGGUUAGUGGUUUCCAAGAUGAUUUGUUGCUACUAACUUAAGAUUGUUCAAAUUUUAGAUAUUUUUAAAAUUAUAUAUUGUUGCAUAAAA